GGUUGCCUCCGUGCGAGCGUCAAGCCUCACGCUGCGCAAAGGACGCACCGCUGCAACGUUUCCAAAUAAGAGCAUUGGUGGAGUAGAGCUGCAGGAGAGGGGGUGCAGAAUUCAUCAUUGAGGACAAAACAGCAAACAGCAUCAUGCAGAUUAUUCCCACAAUGUUCAGCUUCAAAUAUUUCAAAUGUUUUCAGUACACAGUCUGCAGAUCUUUGACCUUUAUUUUCCAAGUGUGUCCUUGUGUUUCCGGUGCUGCUGUGGCGGUUUCCCGGGGAUUGUCGCAGCUCGUCUCAGUGGCCUGAGCAGCGAGAGGCUGAGAGGAUGAGAGAGGAGACUGAGGGGGCGUUUUCCUCAGUGUCCUGGACGAGUUCACCAAGUAACACGGAAGUAUCGACUCUACUCAGUCGUCAAGUGAGUAGUGGUGGAAAGUAACUAAGUAGAUUCACUCAACUACUUCAACUACACGUUUAAGGACCUGGAGAAUAACGUGAGGGAGUUUCUGCAGAGGUUCGACAAAGAGGCCACGCACCGCAUGUACAAUUACUCUCUGGCAUCAUGGGCCUACAACACGGACAUCUCGAAGGAGAACUCGGACAAGCUGUCACAAGAGGGGCAAAUCUGGGGCCGUUUUUACACUCAGAUGUCAGAAGAGUCCCUGAAAUUCCCCAUCGACCAGAUCAAAGAUCCAGAAAUCAAACUGCAGCUCAUCUCCCUUCAGGACAAAGGCUCCGGCGCUCUGUCCCAGGACAAGGCCGCACACCUGAGUAAAGUCAUGAGUGAGAUGAGUACAAUCUACAGCACCGCCACAGUGUGUCUGAUGGACGACCCCCUGAACUGUCAGACUUUGGAGCCAGGCCUGGAGCACGUGAUGUUCAACAGCCGAGACUACGCCGAGCGCCUGCACGUGUGGGAGGGCUGGAGGAGGGAGGUGGGGAAGAGGAUGAGGCCCCUGUACGAAGAUUAUGUGGAUCUGAAGAACGAAGCUUCCAAACUAAACGGUUUUGAAGACUACGGAUCUUACUGGAGAUACAACUAUGAGACGAUCGAGGAGGAUCCUCAAUACAAGUACACAAGAGACCAGCUCAUGGGAGACGUGCGUUCAAUAUACAAAGAGAUCCUGCCAUUAUACAAGGAGCUGCAUGCCUAUGUGAGAUCCAGGCUCAUUGAGGUCUACCCAGGACACAUUGAUGCAAAAGGACCUCUGCCAGCCCACCUGCUGGGUGACAUGUGGGGAAGAUUCUGGACCAACCUGUACCCUCUGACUGUCCCCUACCCUGACAAACCAGGUAUUGAUGUCAGUGAGACUAUGGUGAAGCAGGGCUGGAGUGAAAUUCGUCUUUUCAAAGAAGCAGAGAAGUUCUUCAUGUCCGUGGGCCUGUACGAGAUGUUUCCGAACUUCUGGAACGCCUCGAUGCUGGUGAAGCCUGAGGACGGACGCAAGGUGGUGUGUCACCCCACAGCCUGGGACAUGGGGAACAAGGAAGACUUUAGGAUCAAAAUGUGCACCAAGGUCAACAUGGAAGACUUCCUCACUGUGCACCACGAGAUGGGCCACAACCAAUACCAGAUGGCCUACCGCAACCUGUCCUACCUCCUGAGGGACGGAGCCAACGAGGGGUUCCACGAGGCUGUCGGAGAAAUCAUGUCCCUUUCUGCUGCAACGCCCAAACACCUGCAGAGCCUGGGCCUCCUGCCUGCUGACUUCACUUAUGAUAAAGAAACAGAGAUCAACUUCCUGCUCAAGCAGGCGCUCGCCAUCGUGGCCACACUGCCGUUCACCUACAUGCUGGAGGAGUGGAGGUGGCAGGUGUUCGCAGGGAACAUCUCCAAGGACGAAUGGAUGCAGCGGUGGUGGGAGAUGAAGAGGGAGAUGGUGGGGGUGGUGGAGCCGGUGCCGAGAGAUGAGACUUACUGUGACCCUCCUGCUCUGUUCCAUGUGUCUGGAGACUACUCCUUCAUCAGGUACUUCACCAGAACCAUCUACCAGUUUCAGUUCCAAAAAGCUCUCUGCGAUGCUGCUGGUCACACUGGUGCCUUGUCUUCAUGUGACAUUACCAAUUCUACCACAGCAGGAACCAAGCUGAGGGACAUGUUGGAGCUGGGGAGGUCCCAGUCCUGGACCAGGGCCUUGCACACGAUAUCUGGUGAUGUCAAGAUGGACGCCCGCCCCCUGCUGGAUUAUUUUGCAACACUUCACGAGUGGCUGAAGGCAGACAACCAGAAACACAACAGGAUGGUCGGCUGGGUGCCAGCAAUAGAUCCAUUUUCCAAGUAUGCCAUCAAAGUACGAAUAAGUUUGAAGGCCGCCAUGGGGGACGACGCUUAUUCCUGGAACGACAACGAGCUGUACCUGUUCAAGGCCAACAUUGCCUACGCUCUGAGGCAGUACUACGAACAAAAGAACGAGACACUUCUCUUCAUGUCAGAGAAUGUCCUCACCCACGACGUGACUGAGAGAAUCUCCUUCUACAUUAUGGUCACCAACCCGGUGAAUACCUCUGUGUACAUCCCAAAGAGUGACUUGGAGGCUGCCAUCCGGUUAUCCAGAGGGCGAAUCAACGAUGCCUUCCAAUUGGAUGACAGGACGCUGGACUUCCAGGGUAUCCCAGCAACACUGGCCCCUCCUGUGCAGCAGCCAGUGGAGGUGUGGCUGGUGGUGUUUGGGGUGGUCAUGGGAACCGUGGUGCUCCUGGGCACCUACCUCAUCAUCUCCGGUGUCAGAGAACGUAAAAGGAAAUCUGAAAAGCCAGCCAUGGAGAAUCCGUACGAAGCAGACAACGAGGGGCAAACCAACAAAGCCUUCGAGGAGAAUGAUGAUGAACAAACUGGAUUCUGAUUCCACACAGACCAGAGGGAGGGUUUCCUCAGCGCUCAUCGACAGUGGACUCAGAGUCACCGUCCAAGAAUAAGAAAUACAAAUUAUUUUAUAAGGCCUUUCCCUCUUUUACCGAUCUCUCAUCAAACAACAACAUGACAAAAUGUGAAUAUGUGUAAAGGUUGUGUUUGUCUGAAAUUCUGACCCUCACUGUUAUUGUACAGUCAAUACCCGUGUAAGAAAAAGAAAAGUACUCCUAAUUGCAGUAAAGUUAGCAUAUUUACUAUAGUUCAAGUAGUGCGCUAUAAUGAGUCAAAACGUCAUAAAUAUAAGGUACAUACAAAAUAAGAUAAAAGGAAAAUAGAAAUGUUGUAUUUUCAGUUUUAUGAUUUGUAGAACAUUAUAUUUGUAUAAUUCAUCCUAUUCUACUUUAUUUCUUACCUCUGUUAUGUGGAAAUUCAGAUAUUUUCAGUCUAAGUCAAAUUAA